CAGCCCAGGCCCAUGUUUGAAUGCGCGCGCUACUUCCUGCCAUGGCGCCAAAUCCGGUCUCGACUUGUCGUUUCUUUAUCUGGCUUUUCGUCUCUUGUACACCAACUGUUCGAUGAUAUGUCUUAAAGAAACCUCGUCCUGAUUCAUUCGCCUCACUAGUUGCGAGCCUUCAUCACGGUACGUCAUCGAAUUGCUUGAAAGAGUAUCGUCUUGAGUGAGCUUGAUACAGCGAUUUGUAAUUGAAUUGUUCUGUUGGUGUCAGAUUCAUUGGAUUUUGGUUUGCUGAACCUUGAAGAUAAGAUUUUGACGAUGAGUUGUACUGUUUGGUGGGAAGGAGCUGAGAAGACACGAGUUCUCAUUGCCUCAGAUUCAGGUUGUGUUGGAAACAAACCCGGAGAACUAUUGACACUUCGCCAUCCAAAAUCAGAAAAUGGAACAUGCUACCUUUUUAGUAAUGAGAUGCUUCAAGAAAUUCAAUGGUUUAAGCAAUCAUAUGGUUCUUGGUUCCUGGGAGAUUACAUUUCUCAAGAUGGAAGCUUGUAUAUGGCCACUCCGGUUGAUCCUGUUUUCAUCUUGUUGCCAAUUUUCGACGUGGCGAGAAUGAAGAAAGGUGAAGAUCCUGGAAAGUUCAGGCAACUGGAUGAGAUUUUGUUUGUGGAAGGAUAUCCUGAAUAUCAACAUUUGUUGCCACUUGCGGAGAAGAGUAUGCAGAUCGUUUGUCAGACUCAAGAGGUUGGGUCUAUGAAGUUCUAUCGGCUUGAUAACUCGAAAGUCUUAGCUUGGUUAACUUGUAAGGUAAACUGUUUAAAGAAGACUCUUCCGGAACUGGACAAGAACUAUGCAGCUCAAGGCGAGAAGCAAACAUUGGUGGAUGCAGUUUCAAUUGUGGGUGAGUACCUGAAGACAGAGCCUUGGUUGAAGCUCCUCUAUGAUCAUCUUGGACUCGAGUUUGUUGACCCAACGAUGAAAGAAACCAAUACAGAGAAUCUUCCAUAUGCAAAUGAGAACAAGAUGGAAUACUCAAAUUCAUCACAGGAGAAAGCAAAUAAGAAGACAGGAAAGCCUGGGAAGCAGACAAAGCAAGCAAAGGUAGAGACUGGAUCAAAGAACAUAAGAGAUAUGUUUACAAGGGCUUGUAAGAAAAAAUGCUAAAAUGAUUGAAACUAUUUCAAUUAUUUAUGAUUUUUUUUUCAGCUACGGAAUGAUCUUUGCUUAGAUCAUCUCCAAAAAGGAAUUCUAUUUUGAAGUUUUCAAAACUUUAUAUUUGAAGUUUCAAUGUGUUCUUCUCCAAAAGUAAAACUUCAAACCUAAUUUCAAAAUUAUUUAUAUUUUACACUA